GUGUAUUGCUACAAAUGAACCAAGUUUCAAUAUUUGUUUAAGUUUUUUCUUUGAUCAAAAAUGGCGUACCAGUUGAUAAAUGCAGUAAAAGAAGGAAGUCUACAAAAUGUGCAGAUACUAUUAAAAAGAGGAUUUAGUGCCAAUACAACUAAUGAAAUGGGCAUUCCAGCAUUGUUGUUUGCUUCGAAUAAGGGACAUCUGGAAAUAGUUCAAGAACUUUUAAAAAAUGGAGCUGAUGUAAAUAUAGCUAAUAAAGAUGGCAACACAGCAUUGAUACGAGCAUCGUGUAAUGGACAUAUGGAAAUAGUUCCAGAACUUUUAAAGAAUGGAGCUGAUGUAAACAUAAUUGAUAAAGAUGGCGACACAGCAUUGUUAUUGGCAUCAAUUAAAGGACCUAUGGAAAUAGUUCAAGAACUUUUAAAGAAUGGAGCUGAUGUAAAUAUAGCUAACAAAGAUGGCAACACAGCAUUAAUAUUGGCAGCACAUAAUGGACAUCUGCAAAUAGUGCAAGAACUUUUAAAGAAUGGAGCUGAUGUACAUAUAGCUGAUAAAUAUGGCAACACACCACUUUUAUGGGCAGCACAUAAUAGACAUCUGCAAAUAGUGCAAGAACUUUUGAAGAAUGAAGCUGAUGUAAAUACAGCUGAUAAAGAUGGCAAUACAGCAUUGAUAUUGGCAGAACUUAAUGGACAUCUGCAAAUAUUACAAGAACUUUUAAAGAAUGGAGCUGAUGUAAAUAUAGCUGAUAAAGAUGGUGACACAGCAUUGUUAUUGGCAUCAAGUAAAGGACAUAUGGAAAUAGUUCAAGAACUUCUAAAGAAUGGAGCUGAUGUAAAUAUAUCUAAUAAAGAUGGCGACACAGCAUUGUUACUGGCAUUAAUCGUAGGACAUAUGGAUAUAGUACCAGAACUUUUAAAGAAUGGAGCUGAUGUAAAUAUAGCUAAUAAAGAUGGCAACACAGCAUUGUUAUUGGCAUUAAUCAUUGGACAUAUGAAUAUAGUUCCAGAACUUUUAAAGAAUGGAGCUGAUGUAAAUAUAGCUAAUAAAAAUGGCAACACAGCAUUGAUACAAGCAUUGAGAAAUGGACAUAUGAAAAUAGUUCAAGAACUUUUAAAGAAUGGAGCUGAUGCAAAUAUACCUAAAAUGGCGGACCAGUUGAUAAAUGCAGUGAAAGAAGGAAGUCUACAAAAUGUGCAGUUACUAUUAAAAAGAGGAUUUAGUGCCAAUGCAACUAAUAAAAUGGGCAUUCCAGCAUUGUUGUUUGCAUUAGAUAAAGGACAUCUGGAAAUUUUUCAAGAACUUUUAAAGAAUGGAGCUGAUAUCAAUAUAGCUGAUAAAGUUGGCGACACAGCAUUGUUAUUGGCAUCAAUGAAUGGACAUAUGGAAAUAGUUCCAGAACUUUUAAAGAAUGGAGCUGAUGUAAAUAUAGCUAAUAAAUAUGGCAACACAGCAUUGUUAUUGGCAGCACAUAAUGGACAUCUGCAAGUAGUUCCAGAACUUUUAAAGAAUGGAGCUGAUGUAAAUAUAGCUAAUAAAUAUGGCGACACAGCUUUGUUAUUGGCAGCAUGUAAUGGACAUCUGCAAAUAGUUCCAGAACUUUUAAAGAAUGGAGCUGAUGUAAAUAUAACUAAUAAAAAUGGCGACACAGCAUUGUUAUUGGCAGCACAUAAUGGACAUCUGCAAGUAGUUCCAGAACUUUUAAAGAAUGGAGCUGAUGUAAAUAUAGCUAAUCAAUAUGGCGACACAGCAUUGUUAUUGGCAGCAUGUAAUGGACAUCUGCAAAUAGUUCUAGAACUUUUAAAGAAUGGAGCUGAUGUAAAUAUAACUAAUAAAAAAGGCGACACAGCAUUGUUAUUGGCAGCUUGUAAUGGACAUCUGCAAAUAGUUCCAGAACUUUUAAAGAAUGGAGCUGAUAUAAAUAUAGCUGAUAAAGUUGGCGGCACAGCAUUGUCAUUGGCAUCGAGUGAAGGUCAUCUUGAAAUAGUAAGAGAACUUUUAAAAAAUGGAUCUGAUGUAAAUAUAGCUAAUAAAUAUGGCAACACAGCAUUGAUACAAGCAUUGUGUAAUGAACAUAUGGAAAUAGUUCAAGAACUUUUAAAGAAUGGAGCUGAUGUAAAUAUAAUUAAUAAAAAUGGCGACACAACAUUGUUAUUUGCAGCACAUAAUGGACAUCUGCAAAUGGUUCAAGAAUUUUUAAAGAAUGGAGCUGAUGUAAAUAUAGCUAUUAAAAAUGACAACACAGCAUUGCUACUGGCAUCAAAAAAAGGACAUAUGGAAAUAGUCCCAGAACUUUUAAAGAAUGGAGCUGAUGUAAAAAUAGCUAAUAAAGAUGGCGACACAGCAUUUUUAUUGGCAUCGAGUGAAGGUCAUCUUGAAACAGUAAGAGAACUUUUAAAGAAUGGAGCUGAUAUAAAUAUAACUAAUAAAAAUGGCGACACAGCAUUGUUAUUUGCAGCACAUAAUGGACAUUUGCAAAUAGUUCAAGAAUUUUUAAAGAAUGGAGCUGAUGUAAAUAUAGCUAAUAAAGAUGGCGUCACAGCAUUGUUAUUGGCAGCACAUAAUGGACAUCUGCAAAUAGUGGAAGAACUGUUAAAGAAUAGAGCUGAUAUAAAUAUAGCUGAUAAAAAUGGCGAGACAGCAUUGUUAUUGGCAUCGAGUGAAGGUCAUCUCGAUACAGUAAGAGAACUUUUAACGAAUGGAGCUGAUGUAAAUGUACCCGAUAAAUAUGGGCGCACAGCAUUGUUAUUGGCAGCACAUAAUGGACAUCCGCAAAUAUUGCAAGAACUUUUGAUGAAUGGAGCAAAUGUAAAUCUUGCUGAUAAAUAUGACGACACAGCUUUGAUAUGUGCAUCGAAUAAAGGAUAUUUUGAAAUUGUAAAAAAACUUUUGAAGAAUGGAGCAGAUGCGAAUAUAAUUGAUAAAUAUGGCGAGACAGCUUUGAUCUCGGCUUCAAUGAGGGGCCAUCUUGAAAUUGUGCAAGAACUUUUGAAAAAUAGAACAGAUGGAAAUAUAAUGGAUAAAUAUAGCGAUAUAGCGUUGACUUUCGCUUCGAUGAAUGGACACUUAAAAAUAGUCGAAGAAAUACAAAAGCAUUUUAAUAAUGGCCUAGUUAAUUGAGAUAAUGUGCCAUCAGUAAUAAUUACAUUACUAAAAGCUUAUGUAGACAGUGUAGCUGGAUUACUGAAAUGUCAAAACAAUAUAAGAAGAUUUCCUCAAAAUUACUUAAUGUUAAUAUAUGCUUCAGGUAAUGAACUUUAUGAAAUUGUAAGAAAUUUCUUAAUGACGAAUUUAACCAAAUUGGUUAAAUUAUAUAACUGUACGUCAUUAUUGUGUGCAGCACUUAUUGUGCAUCUUGCAAUUAUUGGCGAAUUAUUAAAACACGAUUUUUUCAACAAUGAACCCUCAAAUAAUUUGCCAAACGUUAUUCAAGAAUUCAUAGGAUGUAUUACCAAUCUGAAAAAAGAUGUCAAUGGUGACAAUAUUUGUGAUGUACUGGAAGCAAUUAAGAAAGGAAUUGAUACUUUUCAGAAAUAUAUUGGCAAUGAAUUAAAAGAUAGAAAAAUAUCGUACGAAUGGACAGCUCUAAGAAGCCAUCUUGAUUUUGUACAGGAAAUGUUACAAAAUACAGUAGAUGUUGAAGUAGUUAAUAAAACAGGCUACGUUAUGUUAUCAAAAGCAACAUCUCCAAUUCACCUACAAAUUGUUGAAAAACUAGCAAACGACAAUGAAGAUGAGAAGGUACUAGAACUACACCAAACUUCGUUAAUCAGCUGUAUAAACCAAACCUAUCUUGCGAUUUUAAAUAUGUAAUCAAUUAAGGUUUCACACAAUAGCCAUCUUCAAAUUUUUGUUAAAUAAAUUAGUUUGACUAAAAAUAUUAAAUUAUUAAUUGCAACUUUGUAAUAGUUCAUUUUAAGAGUUUCACAAAAUUAAAAUAAAAGAAUUGUCUGAAAAAGA